GGUGCACAGGUCUCCUGGGCAGUGCCAGCGAAGAGCGUAAAUCGGCGCUCGCUCCCACACCGUCCUAUAAUGCUCUGCCUUCUCUCUUUAUCCUAGUCGGCACGGCACAGAUUAACAACGAUUAUUUUCUCAGCAAUCUUUGGAUCGAAAUUGCUUCGUAACAACGAGGGAUGCUUGCAGAGCACAGGGAGAACAGUAGGGCUGGCUUCGGCCUCAAGAAACCUCUAAAGAUGAAUAUGGUGAAGAGGAUCAUGGGGAGGCCGCGGCAGGAGGAGUGCAACCCACAGGACAACGCACUGGGACUCAUGCACCUGCGCCGUCUCUUCUCCGAACUCUGCCACCCGCCGCGCCAUAUGACACAAAAAGAGCAGGAGGAGAAGCUCUACAUGAUGCUGCCUGUUUUCAACCGGGUGUUUGGGAACGCUCCACCGAACACAAUGAAUGAGAAGUUUUCAGACCUGCUGCAGUUCACCACUCAAGUGUCCAGGCUGAUGGUGACUGAGAUCAGACGGAGAGCGUCCAAUAAAUCCACAGAGGCGGCCAGCAGAGCCAUUGUGCAGUUUCUGGAGGUAAAUCAGAGCGAGGAGGCGAGCCGGGGCUGGAUGCUCCUGACCACCAUCAACCUGCUGGCCUCCUCAGGACAGAAAACAGUGGACUGUAUGACCACCAUGUCGGUGCCCUCCACUCUGGUGAAAUGUCUAUAUUUGUUUUUUGACCUGCCCCACAUGCCUGAGGUUCCUGCUGCCACCCAGACUGAGCUUCCUCUGGCGGACCGCAGAGCUCUUUUACAGAAAGUCUUUGUCCAGAUCCUGGUGAAGCUGUGCAGUUUUGUGUCUCCGGCAGAAGAGCUGGCCCAGAAGGAUGAUCUACAGCUGCUCUUCAGUGCCAUCACCUCCUGGUGUCCCCCCCACAACCUUCCCUGGAGGAAGAGCGCUGGAGAAGUGCUUACCACCAUUUCCCGACACGGCCUCAGCGUCAACGUCGUCAAGUACAUCCACGAGAAAGAGUGCUUGUCAACGUGCAUCCAGAACAUGCAGCAGUCAGAUGACCUCUCUCCUCUGGAGAUUGUGGAGAUGUUUGCCGGGCUCUCCUGUUUUCUGAAGGAUUCAAGUGAUGUCUCUCAGACUCUCCUGGAUGACUUCCGCAUGUGUCAGGGCUACAACUUCCUCGUAGAUCUUAUGAUCAGGUUGGAGCAGGCCAAAGAGGAGGAAUCCAAAGAUGCUCUAAAGGACCUGGUGAACCUGGUGACCGCUCUGACCACAUAUGGUGUCAGUGAGCUGAAGCCAGCUGGUCUCACCACUGGAGCACCCUUCCUGCUUCCAGGUUUUGUGGUUCCACAGCCUUCUGGAAAAGGCCACACGGUCAGAAACAUCCAGGCUUUCUCUGUGCUUCAGAAUGCCUUCUUGAAGGCCAAGAGUGGUCGAUUAGCACGUAUGAUCCUUGAAGCCAUUGCUAACAUCUACGCCGCAGACUAUGCCAACUAUUUCAUCUUAGAGGCGCAGCAUGCGCUAUCGCAGUUUGCAGACAGAGUAGCAAAACUACCGGAGGUGCAGUCCAAGUACUUCGAGGUACUGGAGUUUGUCGUCUUCGGACUUAAUUAUGUACCAUGCAAAGAGCUUUUUAGCGUUAGCGUGCUAUUAAAGUCGAGCACCUCUUACGGAUGCAGCAUCACAGCCACCCGCACUCUUCUCAAACUCGGGCGCCACCACCCUGUCUUCAGUGAUGUCUUCCGUGAAGUUGGACUGCUGGAAGUGCUAGUUAACCUGCUCCACAAAUAUGCAGCGCUGCUGAAAGACCCAACGCAAGCCCAUGGCGAGCAGGGUGAUGCCAAGAACAAUGUGGCUGAAGAGCAAAAACAGCUUGCCUGGCUUGUCAUGGAGACACUCACAGUCCUCUUGCAAGGCUCGAACACCAAUGCAGGAUUGUUCCGUGAGUUUGGCGGAGCCCGGUGUGUGCACAACAUUGUGAAGUACCGUCAGUGUCGUGAGCACGCCCUGAUGAUCAUUCAACAGCUGGUGCUGUCGCCAUCUGGAGAUGAUGACAUGGGUACUCUGCUCGGCCUUAUGCACUCUGCACCAUCAACAGAACUACAGCUCAAAACUGACAUUCUGCGGAGUGAUUGCCGUCUGCAACUUUGCAACCUCUCACUUUUCCUCUCCUUGAUCUUCUCCUUUGUCUAUAUUUUCAUCUUUUUCUGCACCAUUUCAUCUGCCAUGUUGAGCUACUUUGCUUACCUACAUGGCUAUCACAGCUCAUCCAACUCUGCUCCUGGUAAAGCCCUAACGGACCUAAAGCUGCACUUGGGAAAUCCAUCCCAGCACUCUUCAGACCCUGUAGUCAUCCACCCUGGAGCAGUGCUGGCAGUGCUCGACCUCCUACCCUCCGUUUCUUCUGACACACAGCCUGAGCAUGCUCUGGACCUGCAGUUAGCAGUUGCUAACAUCCUGCAGCUGCUGGUGCAUUCAGAGAGGAACCAGCAGAUCCUGUGUGAGGCGGGUCUGCACUCACGCUUGCUUCAGCGCUGUAGCUGCGCUUUGGGAGACGAAGAUCACCCACUCCACCCACCGCUGCAGAGGAUGUUUGAGCGACUGGCUUCCCAGGCCCUAGAGCCUAUGGUGCUCAGGGAAUUUUUACGACUUGGUAAUCCUCUGAAUUGCGGUGCCUGGGACAAAAAGCUCCUGAAGCAGUAUCGGGUCCACAAGCCGAGCUCCCUCAGCUAUGAAGCGGAAAUGCGCAACAGCAUGACUUUGUCCAUGGAGGGUUUUGGGCCGGAUAGCGUGUUCACAAUUAAUGAGGACAACAGCCAGUACCGGAUCAGUCGAAGUCUGGUGCGAUCGGCUGAGGGCAGCACUGUGCCCCUCACCCGAGUCAAGUGCCUGGUCUCCAUGACGACGCCCCAUGACAUCCGUCUCCAUGGAUCCUCUGUCACGCCCGCCUUCGUGGAGUUUGACACGUCAUUAGAGGGAUUCGGAUGUUUGUUUUUGCCCAGUUUGGCCCCUCACAACGCACCAUUCAGUAAUGCCAACACAUCUGGAGUCAGUGACGGGGCGGUGGUCAGCGGCAUGGGAAACGGUGAGCGUUUCUUUCCACCCCCAUCUGGCCUGAGUUACUCAACGUGGUUUUGCGUUGAGCGUUUCAGCACACCACCCCAAAGCCCCCCUGUGCGUCUGCUCACGGUGGUGCGAAGGGCCACCUCCUCUGAACAGCACUACGUGUGCCUGGCCAUCGUGCUCUCUGCUAAAGACCGGUCUCUCAUUGUGUCCACUAAGGAAGAGCUGCUUCAGACCUAUGUGGAUGACUUCAGUGAGGAGUCCUCCUUCUAUGAGAUUCUUCCCUGCUGUGCUCGCUUCCGCUGCGCUGACCUCAUCACUGAGGGACAGUGGCACCACCUGGUGUUAGUUAUGAGCAAGGGAAUGCUGAAGAACAGCAUGGCGACUCUCUACAUCGAUGGCCAGAUGGUCAGCACGGUCAAGCUGCACUAUGUUCACAAUGCUCCCGGAGGCUCUGCAUCCGCAAACCCACCUGUGGUGAGUACGGUGUACAGCUACAUCGGUACGCCACCGGCCCAGCGCCAGCUCUCCGCUCUGGUCUGGCGACUGGGGCCCACUCACUUUCUGGAGGAGGUGCUGCCUGCUGCCAGUGUGGCUGCCAUCUAUGAACUGGGACCCAAUUAUGUAGGCAGUUUCCAAGCUGUUUACCUACCAUGCAAAGACUCAAAGACUGAGACUGUGCCACCAUGUCCUGUUGCAUUGGUCCCUGAAGAGAAGGUUUCCUUUAGUCUCUUUGCUCAUUCUGCAUCUACUCUCACUGUGGCCAAGAUACGAAAGGUCUACAACAAACUGGACAGCAAAACCAUUGCCAAACAGCUGGGGGUUUCCUCUCAUGAAAGUGCCACACCAGUCAAGCUCGUCCAUAAUGCAGUGGGCCAUCUCAACGGGUCGGCCAGGACCAUUGGAGCUGCAGUCAUCGGUUACCUGGGUGUGCGCGCCUUCGUGACCAAACCAGUGGCCACCAACCUCCAGUACAUCGGAGGAGCAGCUGCCAUUCUGGGCCUGGUUGCUAUGGCGUCAGACGUGGAGGGUCUCUAUGCUGCAGUAAAAGCGUUAGUGUGUGUUGUGAAGAGCAACCCGCUAGCUAGCAAGGAGAUGGAACGUAUCAAAGGAUACCAGCUGUUGGCCAUGCUGCUGAAGAAGAAGCGCCCUCUGUUGAACAGCCAUAUUCUUCACUUGACCUUCUCUCUUGUCGGAACUGUUGAUAGUGGCCAUGAGACCUCAAUCAUCCCGAACUCCACAGCUUUUCAGGACCUGCUGUGUGAUUUUGAGGUUUGGCUUCAUGCUCCCUAUGAGCUGCACCUCUCUCUCUUCGAGCACUUCAUUGAACUUCUGACUGAAUCCAGUGAAGCUGCUAAGAAUGCCAAACUGUUGCGGGAGUUUCAGUUGAUCCCCAAACUGCUGCUGACUCUGAGGGAUCAGUCUCUGUCUCAGCCCACCAUCGCUGCCAUCGGCAACGUCCUCAGUCUCCUGCUGCAGGGCUUCCCCAACUCAUAUGACCUACUAAGGUUUGGGCAGUUCAUCUCUUCAACAUUGCCAACAUUUGCAGUCUGUGAGAAGUUUGUCAUUAUGGAGAACACCAAUGAGGAGAAGAUCGACCGGGGAGCUGAUGAUGAGUUUGGAGGCCUCUUGUCAUCCAACUUGAUUCUUCUGCGGAACAGACUACUGGAUAUCCUGCUCAAACUGCUCUUCAGCUGCAAAGAGAAGAACAUUGUUAAUGCACAGGCUUGUGAAGAGCUUGUGCGCACUUUGGGUUUUGAUUGGUUGCUGAUGUUUAUGGAAGAACACAUUCACUCCAGCACAGUGACGGCUGCGCUCUUAAUCUUGGUGGUGUUGAUGAGUAACCAAUCCAUCCUGAGCCGGUUUAAAGAGGGCCUGUCGGGAGGAGGCUGGCUGGACCACACAGACUCUGUGCUCACUAAUAAGAUUGGCACUGUUCUGGGUUUUAAUGUGGGCCGCAGCGUAGGGGGCAGGUCAACGGUGCGUGAAAUCAACCGAGAUGCCUGCCAUUUCCCAGGAUUCCCUGUGUUGCAAACUCUACUGCCCAAACACACCAACGUUCCAGAGAUCUACUUCAUGCUCAUGGCCCUUUUCCUCCAGCAACCAAUCACAGAGCUGCCUGACAGCCUGCAGGUACAUCCUCCAGUGCUACAGUGUUGUACCCAUCUCCUCACACAGUUUGACCUGGACUCUAUCUGGACGUUUAUAUUUGGCGUCCCAGCCUCCAGUGCUACAGUGGUGGGCUCCAUUCACAACAUGUGCACUGAAGCAGCGUUCCUGCUCUUGGCCAUGCUGCGCAGCAUGCUCAACCUGCCUUGGCAAUCAGAGGAAGAGGGUUCCUGGCUGAGAGAAUAUCCCAUCACUCUCAUGCAGUUUUUCCGUUACCUCUAUCACAACAUCCCAGAUCUGGCACCCAUGUGGCACAGCCCGGACUUCCUGUGUACACUUGCUGCUACAGUUUUCCCCUUCAAUAUACGGCCCUACUCUGAAAUGGUGAGUGAUUUGGAUGAUGAAGCAAGCUCUCCCACAGAAGAGUUCAAAGCCUUUGUGACGGAUACAGGCAUGAACCGCAGCCAGUCAGAAUACUGUAAUGUAGGCAAUAAAACCUACCUGACCAACCACCCAGCCAAGAAGUACGUCUUUGACUUCAUGAGGGUCCUCAUCAUGGACAACCUGUGCAUGACACCUGCCAGCAAACAGACCCCCAUCAUUGAUCUUCUGCUAGAGGCCGCACCAGAGCGCUCCACCAGAACCCAGCAGAAGGAGUUUCAGUCCUACAUCCUGGACGGUGUGAUGGAGCAGCUUCUGGCAGCAGAUGUUCUGUUGGGUGAGGAGGCAUCAUUGCCAAUAACGACAGGAGGAAGUUACCAGAUCCUGGUCAACAAUGUUUUCUACUUCACCCAGCGUGUGGUGGAUAAGCUGUGGCAGGGCAUGUUCAACAAAGAGUCCAAGCUUGUGGUGGAAUUCAUAGUUCAGCUGAUCACCCAGUCCAAACGGCGAUCACAGGGUUUGUCUCUGGACUCAAUCUACCAUUGUCUGAACCGAACAAUCCUCUACCAGCUCUCACGACCACACAAAACGGUCCCGCAACAGGUCACCCUGCUGGAUUCACUGCGUGUGCUGACAGUAAACCGAAACCUCGUGCUGGGACCCGGCAACCAUGACCAGGAGUUUGUUGCUUGUCUGGCCCACUGCUUGAUCAACCUGCACACGGGGAGUAGUGUGGAGGGCUUUGGUUUGGAGGCAGAGGCCAGAAUGACCACCUGGCAUGUCGCGGUUCCUUCUGAGAACGAGUCGGACAAUGUCCAGAGCCAGGAUGUUAGCGAAGGUCGUCAAUUGCUGCUCAAGGCGGUGAAUCGCGUGUGGACUGAACUCAUGCACAGUAAGCGGCAAAUGCUGGAGGACAUUUUUAAAGUGUCUCUACCCAUCAAUGACCGAGGACAUGUGGACAUUGCCACUGCUCGACCUGCUUUAGAGGAACCUGCUGCUAAAAGCUGGCAGAACCACCUGGUCCAUGAGAAGAAAUGCAUCAGCAGGGGCGAGACCGUUGCCCCAGCUAAUCAGUCCAAACUGUCUCGAGUCAGCAGUAACUUUGGUCUGUCCAAACUGACUGGCUCCCGUCGCAGCAAAAAGGAAAGUGGAAUGAACAAGAACAAUCUUUCUGCACAGGAAACCUUUCAGUGGAUGUUCACGCACAUUGCUGUGGUCCGAGACUUGGUAGCAAUGCAGUACAAGGAACAUCAAGAGAGGCAGCAGAAUGCACUGAAGUAUGUGAUGGAUGAGUGGGCAGGGAUUGAAUAUGAGCUGCUUCGGGAAAGGGGCCUCUGGGGGCCUCCUAUCGGCUCCCACCUGGACAAGUUUCUGUUGGACAUGACCGAGGGACCCUGUAGAAUGAGGAAGAAGAUGGUUCGGAAUGACAUGUUUUACAUUCAUUAUCCCUACGUGCCUGAUCCUGAGCCCAACGCAAGCACUCAGAAUCAAUCUCAGGUGCCAUUAAUGGGUGCAAUGGUUAACAUACCAGUCCAGAAACCAGUGCGCUACAGACGAGCGAUAAGCUAUGACAGUAAGGAGUAUUACAUGCGGCUGCUGUCAGGGAACCCGGGGAUGUACCAGCACUCCAUAGAGCAGAACACGGAGGGAGAGACCACACAGCAGGAGCCUGAACAUGGAGAGGACACCAUCGCAAGGGUCAAAGGUUUGGUUAAAGCUCCUUUAAAGCGGUCCCGGUCUACAGCGGAUGGAGCCGAUGAGGACAGUCAAGACCAGCUGCAGGAGUUGCUGGAGCCAGGAGCUAUGGACGAGGAGCAGAAAACUGACAACACCACACUGCUCCGCCUGCUGGAGGAGGGGGAGAAGAUCCAGCACAUGUACCGCUGUGCUCGAGUUCAGGGUCUGGACACCAGUGAAGGGCUGCUCUUAUUUGGGAAAGAACAUUUCUAUGUGAUCGACGGCUUCACCAUGACGGUCACCAGAGAGAUUAGAGACAUUGAGACACUCCCUGCAAAUAUGCAUGAGCCUAUCAUCCCCCGAGGGGCCCGGCAGAGCAAGAGUCAGCUGAAACGAACCUGCAGCAUCUUUGCUUACGAAGACAUCAGAGAGGUGCACAAACGUCGCUAUCUGCUUCAGCCCAUGGCAGUAGAAGUGUUUUCCGGAGAUGGAAGAAAUUAUCUGUUGGCUUUCCAAAAAGGAGUCCGGAACAAAGUGUAUCAAAGGUUCCUGGCAGUUGUUCCCUCACUAGCCGACAGCUCCGAAUCUGUCUCUGGGCAACGUCCCAACACCAGUGUGGAACAAGGGUCGGGUCUUCUCAGUACGCUGGUCGGCGAGAAGUCAGUGACCCAAAGAUGGGAGAGAGGAGAAAUCAGUAAUUUCCAAUAUCUGAUGCAUCUCAACACACUGGCUGGCAGGUCAUAUAAUGACCUGAUGCAGUAUCCUGUCUUUCCAUGGAUCCUGGCAGACUUUGACUCUGAGGAACUGGACCUCAACAAUCCAAAGACAUUCCGAAACUUAUCCAAACCCAUGGGAGCUCAGACAGACGAUAGACUGAUCCAGUACAAGAAAAGAUUCAAAGACUGGGAGGAUCCUACUGGCGAGACUCCAGCGUAUCAUUACGGCACUCAUUAUUCCUCUGCAAUGAUCGUGGCCUCAUAUCUGGUCAGAAUGGAGCCGUUCACACAGAUCUUUCUCAGGCUUCAGGGAGGACAUUUUGAUCUAGCCGACCGAAUGUUUCACAGUGUACGAGAGGGUUGGCUCUCUGCUUCCAAACACAACAUGGCUGAUGUGAAGGAACUCAUUCCUGAAUUUUUCUACCUUCCCGAGUUCCUACUUAAUUCCAACAACUUCGAUCUUGGGAGUAAACAGAAUGGCACCAAGCUUGGAGAUGUGAUUCUGCCUCCGUGGGCAAAAGGAGACCCGAGAGAGUUCAUCAGGGUUCACAGAGAGGCUUUGGAGUGUGACUAUGUCAGCGCCCAUCUGCAUGAAUGGAUCGACCUAAUAUUUGGAUACAAGCAGCAGGGUCCUCCAGCGGUGGAAGCAGUCAAUGUCUUCCACCAUCUCUUCUAUGAGGGUCAGGUGGACAUCUACAACAUUAAUGACCCACUUAAAGAAACAGCUACCAUUGGAUUCAUCAACAACUUUGGCCAGAUCCCAAAACAGCUGUUCAAGAAGCCCCAUCCUCCAAAGCGGGUGCGCAGUAAGUCAAACGGAGAGGUACCUGGUGUACCUGUUACACUCAACUCCAGCUUAGACAAGUUCUUCUUCCAUCACCUGGACAACUUGCGGCCCUCUCUCACCCCUGUCAAAGAGCUGAAGGAGCCAGUGGGUCAGAUAGUGUGCACUGACAAAGGCAUUCUGGCUGUUGAGCAGAACAAGGUGUUGGUUCCUCCUGCCUGGAAUAAAACCUUCGCCUGGGGCUAUGCAGACCUCAGCUGCCGCCUCUCCAACUAUGAGUCUGACAAGGCGGUUGUAGUAUAUGAGUGCCUGUCUGAGUGGGGGCAGAUCCUGUGUGCUAUCUGCCCCAAUCCCAAACUGGUUAUCACUGGUGGAUUAAGCACCGCUAUCUGUGUGUGGGAGACCGGGACUUCCAAAGAGAAAGCCAAGACCAUCACACUCAAACAGGCUCUUCUGGGCCACACAGAUGCAGUUACAUGUCUCACAGCGUCAUCAGCUUACCACAUCAUUGUGAGUGGCUCUCGAGACCGUACGUGCAUCAUUUGGGACCUGAAUAAGCUGUCUUUCGUCACCCAGCUGAGGGGCCACCGGGCUCCCGUCUCCGCACUCUGCAUCAACGAACUUACUGGUGAUAUAGUGUCCUGUGCUGGCACUUACAUCCAUGUGUGGAGCAUCAAUGGAAGCCCCAUUGCCAGCGCCAACACUUUCACCGGCCGCAGCCAACAAAUCCUCUGCUGCUGCAUCUCAGAGAUGAAUGAGUGGGACACACAGAAUGUUAUCGUUACGGGACACUCCGACGGUGUUGUCAGGUUCUGGAGAAUUGAGUUCCUCCAAGUCCCAGAAACCCCUGCUCCAGAGCCUGUAGAGCCCCCCGAUGUGCCAGACUGCUGUGGAGAGAUUGAGGGCCGUGAUGCUCCAGAGGAUGACAGCAGUGAGUCUGAAGGAGAGGAAGCCAACCUCAGUCAGGACUCUAAACCUCGGACCUCAAACAGCCAGCCCAGUAGUACCGUCCACAGACCCAAACCUCGCACCGGAGCCUCCUGGUCGGUGGACAGUGGCUCUGACGACUCCCGCCGCUGGUCGGACACACUCAGUAUUGACGAGAAGGAAGGCUUUGUUUUUGUAAACUACUCAGAGGGCCAGAUUAGACCGGGAAUUCCCUCGCAGCCACAUUUACAACCGCACUCAGCACCCUCACAUGGGCCAGUACCACAGCCUCUUCAGCCCAGUACUAUGGAGGCUCGGUCGUACAACAAGCUCAAACCAGGCUACAGAUGGGAGAGACAGCUGGUGUUCCGGAGCAAACUCACCAUGCACACAGCGUUUGACCGCAAGGACAACGCUCAUCCUGCGGAAAUCACCUCACUUGCCAUUUCAAAAGACCACAGUAAGAUCCUGGUAGGCGACAGCCGUGGCCGCGUGUUCAGUUGGUCUGUCAGUGAUCAGCCCGGACGCUCAACCGCAGACCACUGGGUGAAGGACGAGCAGGUGGACAGCUGCUCUGGAUGCGCUGUGCGUUUCUCCCUCACUGAAAGGCGCCACCACUGCAGAAACUGUGGCCAGGUCUUCUGCCAGAAGUGUAGUCGCUUCCAGUCAGAGAUCAAGCGGCUGAAAAUCUCCUCUCCUGUGCGUGUGUGUCAGAACUGUUACUACAACCUGCAGCAUGAGCGGGGCUCUGAGGAAAGCCCGAAAAACUAGAUCACACUCACCCCACAUCACAUGCCCAAAAGCCACACCACCAACCACCCUCAAAAACCCCAUUUCGCUGCUCCCCGCGCAAAAUCUCAUUGGUUAAAGCACUGACGUAGACCAAAAUGGGAUCACUAAUGCUCAUAAUUUCAUAUAUCGCAGAAGUGUGACCAUUAAAAAGAGACGAUUGUUAGUUUACUUUUCCAUUCAUGCGUUUUCUUUUGCAGUAUGGUCUGUCAUCUCAUUGGCAUCAUCCACAAAGUCUGCGUUACGUUUAGAUUUUAGACAAAGCAAUGCAUAUAAAACGCUUCCUGAUGAAACGAGAUGACAUUUGUUUAUAUUGUAAAUACUUACAAUGGCAUUUUUAACUAGAAACAGUAAAAACAAAAAGUCAUUAUUAAGAGAUAAAAGAAGAAAUCAAAACACGACACAUUGCUUGUAAUAUAGUAUUACAGUAUGUUAAAAAUCACUCCUGGCUUUAAAAGAACAAAAAUGCGAGUGCGUGUGUGUAGUCGAUGUCACAAGUCACAACCUCCCAGCGGGAAUAAUAUUGGGGACUAUGAAUGUUGAUAAAUGUUUGUGGAUUGACGUUACUAGCUUGUCUAGUUAUGCAAAUGCUUAAUUAUGAUGUUUAUUUUAUAUGUUCUGUUGAAGUGUUGCCCACAGCAUCAGCCAGUUGCCAUAGACGACUUUUUCCGUUUUAAAUUUUGUUGCCAACCUGCCUUGAUAUGUAACUACUAUCAUAUAUUUUAACAGUCGUGUAGGUCAAUGAAAGCAUGUAAAUGUUGAAUUUAGAUUAAAGACCACUUUAAAUCUUUUUUAAAUGACAGGAUCCAUUCAACCUUUAAACGAUUCCACCAAAUUUCUAUUAUGCGCUUCAAAGACAGAAAUGUUUCAAGUCAAUUGAAAGACUGUAUUAUGAAACAUGUUUCUGAAGUGUCAGAGUUCCUGCUUAGUUUAUAUUGGAUGUUUUGAAUCUGUACAUUUUGCAUUAGUGUGGGACUUCUCUGACUGUCCUUAAUUUGAUGCUUCGUUUGUUAUUAGCUCAUAUGAAUUAAACAACUUAAAUGUUACUCUGACACUAGCUUUAAAAAUGUUUGCAUACAUUUCUUAUUCUUUAAACCUCACCAUUUUUAACCAUUUGCGAUGUUGCACCAGUGUAAAUGUCUGUAGAUUAUGAAAGCAAUAGUUAGUGAUGUUUUCACACAUUUCACAAAAGACUAGCUUGAACGUUAUUGUGUGUAAAGAAAAAGGGAUUUAACACUUUUAAUGGACUGGAAGCCUAGUUUCUCUUUACCUUAGACAAAACUAUGAAAAAAAAAGUUUUUCAUCUCUUUUUUUUUUUUUUUUUUUUUUUUUUUUUUUUUUGAUACGGUGGGCAAUAUCCUAUUAAAAAUGCUGCUUUGAUUAAUAGAGAGAAUUUCUUUCUUUCUUUAAAUGGUCUGACACAACUUUAAAAAGAUGAAAAAUGUGUUACCAUUGCAGUUGUUUUAUUCACUGUUGUAUGAUUUCCGUACAGCCUAAUAUGCACUCGUUAUAGUUGAAUUAUUCUAUAUUAAUGUACUGUAAUUCAGUGUGCAAUCAUAACAUCGCAAAGCUGUUGGGAUUUUGCUGUCGACAAGCAGCUCAAAGAUCAAAUGGCUAUAUCAAUCUGAAAUUCUUUUUGCACAUUGACAUGUAGACAAGACAAAGAAAUGGAGUAAUCACUGUUUUAUCAGAUGCAUUUUUAUGUUGUGCGCUAUACUUUUUGAAAGGGUGCAUUACUUUACAGUGAGAUGUGAGACUGUACGAAGUAUUUAUGCAGUUAUAAGGCUUUCUUUUUUAUGAUUAUGAUUUUUAUUUUAUUUUUUUCUUCAGCAA